GAGGGCUCCUCGCGAAAGUGCCCGCAGCACCGGAAGCGUCCACAGGCCCCGAUGCUGGAAGAAGACGAGGAGGCCUCUUGGGGAACCACGGCGACUUGAACGAUGACGCAACAGUCAUGCAAAAUUAUACAUAUAUAUUUAAACUCCACCCGGAAGGCAAGAGCCAUGCUAUCGGCCUCUUAAGUGCACAACGGAACUAGAAAUCAGGAAGAAAGGCCAUAGGGUUAUUUCUUUUUUUUAAUUUGAAAGGCGCGCAGGGUGGUGGGGGAAGGGUGAUGGGGGGGAUCCCUGAGCUGGAAAGCAGGGACUCCUGGCUUAUUGUUUGGUCCCCGAGCCAGCACCCCACACCUUUCACAGCAAGAGCUUGAAUCGUUUACUAUGAAACCGGUGACUAAAGGGGAUACAGCAUGUUGAACCACUGGAGCACCCCCACCCCAACCAGCCAGAAAAGGGAGACCCCGUCGGCUCUGGACUGGGCAAAUGUACCUGUGCUCCCCCUGGAGGCGACAUUCUCCAAGGUCCCCUUUCGGUCCCCAGUGUCCCUCGAAGGUAUUCGGUUGUAAUCCCGGAGAACUGAUACACCCUCGCUCUCUAAAAUUUGGCCUGUGACCGAGGUGGCAACCCCUGCCCCUGUGUCUGGCAAAGCCUGGAAACACCCGUCUGUCCAGGUCCUGUUCACUGGCCAAGAGUGUAAGCUUUGAACAUUGGCACUGGGGCGAGGGUGCACUCCACGCUGACACUGCCCCCCUCCCCCAACUUGCUGACUUGAGAUAAAUCUCUUCCUUUCAUCGAUUCUCAGCGUUAGCGAAAAGCUGUGUUGAGAGGCAUCGCAGAGGUCACUGGACCAUCUCCCUGGGUUGCAGCUGAGGCAGUGGAACUCUGAAGACACUCCUGAAACUCUGCCCUGAAUCAAAGGAACCAGAGAGUCCAUCAGCACUCCCUCCACCUCCCUUUCUGAGAGUAGGCAUGGCCCUGAGUGACGUCGAUGUGCAGAAGCAGAUUAAGCACAUGAUGGCUUUCAUUGAACAAGAGGCCAAUGAAAAAGCAGAGGAAAUAGACGCCAAGGCUGAGGAAGAAUUUAACAUUGAAAAAGGACGCCUUGUGCAAACCCAACGACUGAAGAUCAUGGAGUACUAUGAGAAGAAGGAGAAGCAGAUAGAGCAGCAGAAGAAAAUCCAGAUGUCCACCAUGAGGAAUCAGGCAAGGCUGCAAGUCCUGAGAGCCCGAGAUGACCUCAUCUCAGAAUUGCUGCAUGAUGCAAAGAUGAGGCUUAGCCAGAUUGUGGAGGACCCAGACAUCUACCAGGAGCUGCUGGAUAAACUUGUGCUCCAGGCUUUGCUCCGACUGCUGGAGCCUGUGAUGAUCGUGCGCUGCAGGCCACAGGACCUCCUCCUGGUGGAGGCUGCAGUGCAAAAAGCCAUCCCCGAAUACAUGAUGGUUUCCCAAAAAGAUGUGGAGGUCCAGAUUGAUCAAGAAGCACACCUGGCUGUGAAUGCAGCUGGAGGUGUGGAGGUCUAUAGCGGCAAUCAGAGAAUAAAGGUUUCCAAUACCUUGGAAAGUCGACUAGAUCUCUCAGCCCAGCAAAAGAUGCCAGAAAUACGAAUGGCCUUGUUUGGAGCUAAUGCCAACAGAAAGUUUUUUAUAUAAGCCUCUAGGAAGUGAAGCUUGUGUUGAACUGAUAAGCCAUAGAAGUUGGAGUUAUUUGGGCAAAGGAAACUCUUGAUGUUUCCUCCUCUUUGAUGCUCUGAUAUUGUUCUAUCUUUCAUGAAAUACGCUUUGAAUAGCUGAUGGCAUUAUAAAGUGUUAAUUUUGGCAUAAAGCCUAAAUUAGUGGUCAGAAA